CCUUCUAAAAUCUGCACCAUGUCGCCAACCAACACAUCGUUUUUCAAAGAAAUAUUGACAACUUAUCACUGCGAAGGAGCAAAAGAGAUGCGCCCGAACUGAGGGGAACUCAAACCUUGGAACGGAGAAGAACCAAAGCUACGGCAUUUCAAAUCGUCAUGUCCCCAGCGCAAAGAGGGCGAAGAAGUUGGUGGGGACGGAAGGCUCUCUCUUGGUCGAUUUUGUAGAAGUCGCGACGCAGAUCUGUUAAGGAUGCAAUUUACGGGGAGGUGGGUCUGGCAUGAACUUUCAUUCUCUUGAAUCCCAAGUCUAACGGAUGGCAACGAAGUUUGUAUUGCGGGGGAAAGAAGUGAUGCAGAAAACACAGAGAACCUGAUGCAUAUACCCCGGACAUCAGGGUAGGUCAAUAACUCAAGUGUCCAGGUUUGAAAUAUCUUCAAUGUGAUCAUGGGGCACGAACUCGGUGAUAGAGAAAUGGAUGCCUUGGUCCCAGUCCGAGAGCCGCUCGCAAAUAUCUCGAGGAUACCGUCAUCACUCAUCAAAGAUGCCCUGACCGAAUAUCUCAUGACCAUCUUCAGCUUUUACAUCCCCUCUGUCCUCAUAACCCUCGGCGUCGUGGGGAACACCCUAACCUUUCUCACUAUGACACAGAGCAUUCGUCAGAAACGUAAUGUCCUCAUGUCCUACCACUUCCGAGCGCUAGCAGUAGGGGACCAACUCAUGCUAAUCUUUGUCGUGUUUCAAAGACUGCUGCUCUCGAGGUACCCGGAUGCAAUGGACCGAUAUGGUUGGUUCAUCUGUAAGGAGUUUCUAUAUCUUUGUUUUGUAUUCUUCGGGAUAUCUGUGUGGAAUGUCGUCAUAAUCUCAAUCGAUCGGUUCGUUGCUGUAUGUUACCAUUUAAGAGCCUCGCAAUGGUGCACCAUAAAGCGCGCCACCUGCUGUUACAUUUUUAACUGCGUUUUCCACUCCUUAUUCAGCCUAAUAAAACUAUGGAAGGAGUAUCGUAUCGGCGACUAUACAACACACACCUCAGUCUGCAUGGCGCCGGAUAACUUCCCACUCUGGUGGGAUUACUUCGAAGUAAUCAUGUACGAAACCGUAGUAAACUACCUGUCCCCUUUAAUAGUAUUAACCCUUAACUUAUUCAUUCUUCAUAGGUUCAGGCGACAGGCCAAAGAAAUGGCAAGCCUCGGUGAAACGGGUCGUCAUAAACAGCAAGAGGGUCAAGAGAAAAGCUUAACUGUGAUGAUGAUGGUUGUCGCUUUCACUUUCAUCUUUUUAAUGGCCUACUACCCUGUGGAGAAUAUCGUGUGGGAGUUCAUCAUACCAGAUGUUAAGAAGAACUACCCGAAUUUAAGGGAGCUGAGUUUCUACGUAGCGUUUUAUCUCACCACCACGAAUCAAUGUGUGAACUUUUACUUGUAUUGUCUCGUGUCUGGAAGGUUUAGGAAGGAUGUGAAUAGACUCAUUGGUUGUAUUAAAUCAGACGAUAAAGCCUGCAGAACAUAAAAACUUUGACAUGUUGUCAACAUUUGUGACUAAAGCUUCGUUUUUCCAGCGCCCAAUGAGAGAAAUUUUGCCGUGUACGUUGGUAAAACGAAUACUUGUAGUUACACGUCGUGCAUCAUGCGCCAGACCCUUUAGACGACAUCUGGUAAGUCAUAGAUAUCAUGUUCCCAUGUCUAAGGUGAUAUUAAUAAAUUGAACGCGUUUGAAAAGUGAAUUUUGUACGCAUUGCUAAUGAUAUACAGCACAUAUGAAUAUACAUCUAUGAUUUAACAAAUCCUUGGAUCUGUUUGUUGGAGAGCGACCCAUAUACAUGUGUUGUCAGAGGCCUGAUUUACCUGCUGUAAUGACAGCAUUUUUAUAAUCAUAUACCAUCAUGUCAUCGACAUUUGAUGGUCAGAAUAACACAGAAUUGCUUUAUAUAUGCUUGAAGCAUUAGAAUCCUAUUAUGCUGUUUUGCAAAUCACCGUGCCAAUCUGGGUAAGGUCAAAAGGUGAAUGCUGCUGUGGUCUGGCCGAAUUAUUAUCACAUAGACCGAUGUGAGACAUGGAUGCUUUGAACGAGUGAUUCUACAAUAUUCUUGAUGAUCAAGAUGAAGCUAUCAUCGGCAGGAUAACACAGAAAACGGUUGGAUGUUGUUGUAAUUGUCGCAAACCAUUUCACCUUGCGUUUGAUCAGAGAUUAGAACAUGUCUAGAAUAGGACGACGCCUCUCAAGCUGGGAUUGCCGACCCUCCCACGCCCAGGAAACCAUCUUGAAUCCCGAAGACCUUGUCAGAAUCCGCCUCAGGGGACGUAAAUUCGACCUUCCCGUCUCGCAGCUGUUGAAGUUUCCGGACACCAAACUUGGGAGACUCGCACGUCACUACCAGGAGCUCGGCCACACCGAUGUGGAUUACUUCUUUAAUCGAGAUCCAACAGUAUUCCAGCAUGUCAUACAGUACUAUGAAACGGGAAAAUUACACUUUCCAAACGAAGUCUGUGGCGCAGUGUACAAAGAGGAGCUGGAGUUUUGGCAACUCGACUGCCCAAUUGAACCAUGUUGCACAUCGAGAUACCAGAUUUCCCUGAAGCAAACCGAGGCUAUAAAAAGCUUCGAAAACGCCAUCAGAACCGAACAACAACUUGUGAAAGACUAUGUGUUCCUGGAGUGUCAGAGGUCGAGGUUCACCAGGGCUAAGGCAUGGUACUUUUUGAAUUACCCUUUAACCUCGACACCCGGAAAGAUCUAUGCAGCCCUGUUGUACAUUGCUGUACUUCUCUACAUGGCUGUGCUAAUGGUUGAAGAUGGCGAUCUGUCGAAGGCGCUGGAUGACAUUGAUGACCAGUAUCGUCAAAACGGGUCCUACACAGAGGACGACAUCAAGUACAUGGUCUGCCAAGCUCUCACCAAGGGUUACGUAUUCAAAAUGCUUCAAAAAGGAUUAGAUGGGUGGAUGCAAGCCUUCGAUCUUGGCAUGAGUGUCUUCUUUCUAUUGGACGGUUGCCUGCAUCUUAUUACUGCGCCAUCUAUCGGAUUCGCUCUGACGUCGUUUCGAGUCGUCAUCGAAGUCAUCAGCCAGUUGCCAACCAUCGUAAACAUCGCGUACUUCGAGAUCACUUGCGUGCUCAAAGUUUGCAAUGUCGACGUAGCAGAAUGGUUCAGCAUAUUUUGGUUCAUGAAGUUUUUCCGCGGGCUACACUUCUACGUCCUGGUGCGCCACUACAUGCCAACCCGGGUACUACUCUUCGUGUUGAAGCGAAACUGGAGAGAAAUUAUGUCUAUCUUUCUAUUCGUGUUCAUGUUUACAUGCACGAUGGGCGUGAUCAUCUACGUAGCGGACCGAGUGGGAAACGGUUCUCCUCAAAACUACAUGUUCCCAAACAUGUUCCAGUGUUUCUGGUGGGUCAUCAUCACCAUGACGACCGUUGGUUACGGUGACAUUGUCCCAAGCUCUUUUUUCGGCAAAGUUGUGGGAGGUCUCUGCGCCCUCUCUGGGAUCUUACUGAUGGCCCUGACUGUACCUCUGGUCUCAACCUAUUUCCAAGCCAUACACAGCUUCUCCUCUAAGGUUGAUAUGACUUAUUUGAAUUCCGCUCCGCAACCAAUGCGGAGGUCAUCAAAGAAGGAAAGAUACGGUAAGGAGAGAGGUUCUGGACGUGAAACAUUCAUUGAUGAUGGUGUAACCGGCGACUCGAUGGUUAUGUCGUAAAGGAGCAGGAUUAUUUACAGUAAACACGGCAUAUAUCUAUCGGACUUGUAUAAACCGGAUCCUCACAAAUUAAAGGGGACAGGUCUUCCAAGCCCCAAGUUACAAGCCUUGGAUAUGUGUACAAACGGACUUCGUAGACAACGG